CGGGCGCCGCCCCCUGCUCGGGCGGCGGCGGCGGCGGCGCGCGCGGGGCGAUGGCGGACAGCGCCAGCGAGAGCGACACCGACGGCGGCGGCGGCGGCACCGCGGGGCCGCUGUCGGGGGGCGGCCCGGGCGCGGGGCCCGGCUGCGGCGCGGCGGGCGGCAGCGGCGGUUCCUCGGGGGGCGGCAAAUCGGGCGGGAUCGUGAUCUCGCCGUUCCGGCUGGAGGAGCUGACGAACCGCCUGGCCUCGCUGCAGCAGGAGAACAAGGUGCUGAAGAUCGAGCUGGAGACCUACAAGCUCAAGUGCAAGGCGCUGCAGGAGGAGAACCGCGACCUGCGCAAGGCCAGCGUCACCAUCCAAGCAAGGGCAGAACAGGAAGAGGAAUUCAUCAGUAAUACUCUAUUUAAGAAGAUUCAAGCUCUGCAGAAAGAAAAAGAAACACUUGCAGUAAACUAUGAAAAGGAAGAGGAAUUUCUCACUAAUGAGCUCUCAAGAAAACUGAUGCAGCUGCAACAUGAGAAAGCUGAACUGGAGCAGCAUUUGGAACAGGAGCAGGAAUUUCAAGUGAACAAACUGAUGAAGAAGAUUAAAAAACUGGAAAAUGAUACAAUUUCGAAGCAGCUCACCCUUGAGCAGCUAAGACGUGAGAAGAUUGACCUUGAAAAUACUUUGGAACAGGAACAAGAAGCACUAGUGAAUCGUCUCUGGAAGAGGAUGGAUAAGCUAGAAGCAGAAAAACGAAUUUUGCAGGAGAAAUUAGACCAGCCAGUAUCUGCUCCACCAUCACCCAGAGACAUAUCAAUGGAGAUAGACUCUCCAGAAAAUAUGAUGAGACAUAUCAGGUUUUUAAAGAAUGAAGUGGAGCGGUUAAAGAAACAGCUGAGAGCUGCACAGUUACAGCAUUCAGAGAAGAUGGCCCAAUACUUAGAAGAGGAGCGACAUAUGAGAGAAGAAAACUUGAGACUUCAAAGAAAAUUACAGAGGGAAAUGGAACGUAGGGAAGCUCUCUGCAGACAACUGUCAGAAAGUGAAUCCAGCUUAGAAAUGGAUGAUGAAAGAUAUUUUAAUGAGAUGUCUGCACAAGGAUUAAGACCUCGCACUGUGUCCAGUCCUAUCCCUUAUACACCCUCACCAAGUUCUAGCAGACCUAUAUCACCUGGUCUGUCAUAUGCAAGUCACACAGUUGGUUUCACACCACCAACUUCACUGACUAGAGCUGGAAUGUCUUACUACAAUUCCCCAGGCCUUCAUGUGCAACAUAUGGGACCAUCCCAUGGUAUUACAAGGCCUUCACCACGAAGAAGUAACAGCCCCGACAAAUUUAAACGUCCCACUCCUCCUCCUUCUCCAAACACGCAGACCCCAGUGCAGCCACCUCCGCCACCACCUCCACCACCUGUGCAACCUCCGGGCCAACCCGCAGCAUCGCAGGCAGCCAAUUUUCAACAUUCAGUGCAUCCCUCCUCUCAGCCUUAGUGCAUGUGCUCAGCAGUCUCUAUGUCAGAAGUGGACUCAUAACACAGAGCAGUUUACUAAAAGCCAAAGGCUUACUUGGCAUAUUUGGAUUUGACUUAUUUGCACUGAGGUUAUAUAGGCUUCACUGUUAAUUGUGUUGUAAACAUUUGUAUAAAAUGCAGCCAGUGUUGUGGGUCUACAACACUAACUUAACAAAGUUUUCCAUCAGUGUUUACUUGAACUACAUGUAUGUCCAUUCUCUGGCUGGAACAUUUGCUACUCUGUUUGGUAAUACGACAUUAUGUCGUUUUGCUUGGCUCCAAAGCUUCAUUUUCCUGGCUUUUAGGUUUGUAAAAUUAAAGGGAUACCUUUUUAUAUUUUUUCAUGAUAAUUUGUGGAAAAUGAAAGGCAUGAUGGGCUACAUGAUAAAUUCUGAAAUAUUACAGUGUUUACCAAGCUUAUGGAAGAUCAGCACUAUGUUUCAGUCAUUUAAAAUAUCAGCUUCUAGUGCAAAAGUGAGACACCCUAAUCAGUGCCCAAGACACAAACUCUCUGGUAUUAUAUAGCAAAUAAGCUUUAUUCACAGAGGACACAUCCAUUCUUCUCUUGUUUAAAAGCACCUCAAAUGUAUGGUACAGUCAGAACUUUACACUGAGGGAAUUGGCUUGUUGGAGUCUGUGGAAUGUACAAUUCGUGGACCUUAAGAUUUGAUGAUGUCACUUGACCUCUCUGUUAACCUGUAAGCUGCCCAUACUGUGUGCCCUGUCACAGUUGACCAUUGGGAAGUGUGGUCCUGCCCACAGGUUACUGAGAGCUGAUUCAAGUGUGUGCUCUUGGAUGUUUUUGCUGCAGAAGGCGAUGUGAUUGUAGAGAACAACUGAUGAUAAUUUCUUUCUUGUUAAAAUAUAUUCAUUGUGAUUCCCCUGAAGCAAAGUUUGAACAGGUAUUUUAAAUGUUCAAAAGUCUGUUAGAAAAUGAGAUGAGCAUAGAGACUAUAUUGGCAUAACAGCCAAAACUUUGUAUUGCUUGGUAGAAACAGAGUACAAGAAAGUAGCACAACAUGGCACUAAUGAAUGCUUAUUUAGCAGCCUAAGCCGGUACAAUGUAUAAAGAAAUGUAUUCUGAAUACAUUCUUUCCAUUCAUUUAGCACAAAUAAAUUGGUUUCACUUUGCAGUGGAACAAAGUGUCACUUCUUGAUAUUGACAUCCUACUUGGUUACAUUUUCCCUGAGGUUCCUGUUGAGUACUGGGGUUUAUAUAUUUUGGAUAAUUUUAAAUGGUUUACCUCAUAUAUAUGGAUAUGUGGGCCAUGGAAAAUGACAAGAGAAUGUUUAUUUUAUGAGAAUAUGUAUCUGGCUAUAAUCAGAGCAGAACAUGAGUAAUUUAUCUUUUGUUUACAAAAGUUUGUUUGACAUGCCUAAUGCUUUAUUAAGGACAUUUUUAAGAAGGAAGUACAGCAUUCUGGUAGUAUACUAACACAUGUACAUAUAUUGUUGUGUUUGCCGCUCAACUAUUCAGUCAGAAUUGCAAACUGAAAAUCUUUUUGAAAACAGCGCUCUAAAUCAAAAUUGUAAGUUAAAAUAAUGUUGUAAAAUGUUCCGCUUAAGGCAAAAUUAGAAUUUCUUCACUGUAGGUAUGUAGUUUCAGCUCUGAGAGAAUUUAGAGAAAUUCAUAUAUAGUCUAUUACACCUCUUAAACCAAUAUGGGAUCAAGUGCAUUAUCAAAUUACAUUACAUUAAUUAUGGUAGUGACUCUCCAGUCAAGUAAUUCUCAAGAUUGUGGCAGACCUAAAAUUUGACCACUGCUUCCAUCUGAAAAUAAUUGACCAUAUCAGAGGCUCAGCUUUCCCUAGAAGAGACUAAGCUCUGAGCAUUAUAAUUAAACAGAGCUCCUGAUUCAGUGAUGGGAUUGCAUGGGAGAAAGCGACAGGUAGUCAAAGGUGGGACUAAGGUCAAGACAGGAUCAGCUUAGUUUGACGCUUGUCCUUUUGUAAACAUAAGACAAAGAAAAGAAUACAAUUUUUAUUAAGUAGGAUUCCAGCUCAAGUAUCCCAGAGUUUGAAAUGGUGCCCUCCUUUCUGAAGUGCUUUGAGAUCCUUGGAUGUACGGCUCUGUGGAGGACAGUCUCAUGGUGGUGGAUGUACAAAUGUGGGUGGAAAGGAAAGAGCCUUUGAUGGUGUUUUAAGAUCUCAAAAUGGAAAAUUGCCUAGAAUAAUUUACAUUUGAAGCAUAUUCCAAAACUGAAUAUGUGUAACCCAAGUUCAGCUGCUGUUGUUAAGUGUCUUAGAGAACUCUCCUUACUGUUCCAGUGGGACUCUUACCAGAAGAAAGUAAAGAACUGACAAAUGUAUACUAAACCUUGAAAGUGUAAAAAGGCACUAAAUUUGCCUUAUCAAACAAAGAACGUUGAACAAACAUUUGCUUGCAAUCAGAAGUGUUAAACUCUAUUUGUAGACUUUUUGAAUAAGAUAAGAAAUUGUGCACAACCAUCUCCUAAUAAAUGUAAAUGAUUUUCAGUUUUCCUUGUGAAUUAUAGUCAUGAAUUAUGAUUCUGCAGCUGUGAUUUUAUCCGAUCUAUAGACUGGAGAAACUCACUUGGCAGUGAGGUCCAGCUCACUAUGAGGGCUUAAGUGCUUUGUUUCUCUCAGAAGCACCUGGGUGGUUUUCUGACAUCCUUUUCAUCACUAAUGCCUCUCAGUUGCACACUGCAUUGUCACUAGUUGUGUAAGGCCACAGAAGCAAUGUUUAGCUUGUGGAGCAUUUUGUGAACGUACCCCUUUACAGCUAAAGAUUAAAAAAAAAUAAAAUCUACUUUUCAGCUGUUUCAGCAGUGCUUUCCUCUCUGACAAUCAAGCAGCUUUCUUUCUGUAUUUUCUCUCAAAGGAUCUGGCUUGGAUGCUGGAAUGCAGCUGAUACUCUGUAGAGCAUUAAGAGUUUAUGUUAUCCACGAUUCGUUCCACAGAACUUCUUUGGAAGAAGAGGUGGGACUGUUCAGAGGUAGUAGUCUUACAGCUAAAAGCCAGAUAUUAUGUUUUAAUUACAUGUGCUCUUCUGAGAGCAUAUUCCCAAGGGCAGAAAGUACAUCACUUUUUCUAGAAAGUGUAGUGCUUUUCUAUUGGCAGUUGCUGGAGCUGAGCAGGAUUCUUUUCCUGUUAAAAUGUUUUCAUUUAGGAAUCCAGCUGCUUGGGUGGAAUCCCUGGGCACUUCAGCUGAAGGAAAAGUGCAGUCUUGGAAGCAAUAAAAAUGAGAAAGCUUCCUGGGGUCUGUUCAAGUUGCACCACUGACAGGAGAGUAUGUGGACUUUGUAUAUUCUGUUAAAUAAAUAGAAACUGAUCAUGGAGACAAAUAAAAAAGCCUUAAAUAGUUUGUUGGUCAAAGAAACACAGUCUCUCAUCCUCGAUAUCGAUUAUUGCUUGCUAAGAGGAUGCAGCCAGGGACCUUGAUUGAGUUAUGCAGUGUUUUUGUGAUCCUAAUGCUUGGUUUCACAAGCAGUACAAAUUCUAAUACUGUUCAACUCUUUCUGAUGUUUCCUUUUUUUCAGUCAUGGCAGUCUAUUUCUGUUUGAUCCUUGGGAGUCUACAGAGCAAGGACUAUGCAGAACAUAUUUCUCCAGUUCAAGCCAUCUUAUAAGAAACCAGAAGGUUUAUGAGUGUAAGCUACAAAACUAUAAUACAUGCAUAUGUUACAACAACCUCCUUGAGAGGAAAGAUCUUGGAAGAGAGAGCAAACAGAGCCCCUAGAUACCAAAUGGACUGUAUGCAUAGAGACAAUCUGGUUUCCUCCAUUUCCUCCGGAGCCAAAUUCCUCUCCUAGCCUUUUUUUAUUUUGGAUCAAGGUUCUUAAAAUUUUAAAUUAUUUUAAAUUCCAUGUCUCACUAUAGUAAGUACUCAGGAUACCUUUAUGUUGAUUUUGGAUAACAACCAUUAGUCCCAGUACGAGCAGAGUUUGAGUCAAUGCCACUGUGUAGACAGGAGGAAGUCCCUGAAUAUGCCAGACUGUGGCCUUUCAAUGCAGUUAAAGUGGGAGUGCAUGCUCAUUGAAUGAUUUAUUUUUCUAAGCAGCUGGUUUUGGAUUUUAGGUGUGUUCUGAAGAGGAGAUACACUGUGGAGUUUGGUGCUGCAUUACAGACAGCUGCUGCUACUUUAGGGAGAAGAGUGCUUGUGCCUGUUCUACUAGUCGGGCUCCAAAGAAAAGUACUACCUCAUCUUUCAGUUGGGAUGAUGUGGCCACAGGGUCAGCAGAAAUGUCAUAGCUGUGUUAGGUUUUGUUCUGCAUCUAUUACCUGGAUGUGAGUCUUUCCUCACUGGAAUGGGACUCCAGAGGUUAUAAAGCUUUUGUAGAGGAGGAGUGAAGAGUUAGGAGAUGGUUGAGGAUUGAGUUUGUGAAAAUUGUGUCCCCGUAGUAAAUUGCUGCUCAGAGUGCUCUUUGUCUAAGCCUGGGGCUUGCCUGUAUUAAAACUAUUUUGGGGAGGGAAGUUUGGGUUUUUUUUGUGAUUUCGUUUGAACAAAUGCUGUGUUGCAGUUCUUUAAGUUUAUGGCAUUGGUAUCUAACUAAAAAACAACAACAAAAAAAUCACAAAAAGCAAUUCCCCUUUCCACAAAAGUAUUGGAAGUAUUCUUCUGUGUGCAAAGGUGGGUUUUCUCAUGAUAAAACUUAAUGCUGUAUCUAUAAAUGGAAAUGUUUUACUCUAGUGGUAAAACCUAAGCUGUCCAAGGCACUUUAGUUUGUGAUUGCUGACUUUUGUUUUGGCAGGUGUUUCAGAUGAAAUCUAAGCCUCCUGUGGAGGAAGAAAAAAAUCACCUGACAGCUGUAGACUGUUCCUUUCCUGCAGACAUACAGCAGUUUCCUCAAAUGCAAGUGGAACAAGCAUCCUUGAGCUUUUCUGAAGCUUAUAUUUAAUUUCAGUACCUUGGUGAUUGCUCUUGUAUAUUUUGAGAAUCAAUGAAGCCUCAUUAUAGGUUGGUUGGGUAUCCAGCUGGUUGUUCCUGUGUUUUUCUGAUCCUAGUGAAGGAAGCCUGUUCAAAUUUGGAUCAAACAAUGGCCAAAGUGCAGAUUUGUUGAGCAUGAGUCCAAGUGGUAACUUUAAGAACAUUACACUGUGUUGGUGUGGAUCAGAGCUUAUUGUAAGAACCUCAGAUAUAAAGAAGUUUGGGUUUUUUAGCAGGUUACGUUUUAUUCCUGUACUAUCUGCAUUACUGCUUUUUUGUAUAUCUCAAGGUGUUUACAUAUACUUGUAAUUGUUACGAUGUGUCUGUAAUCAAGCUCAUCUGUGCCUUCAUGCAGACUUCCAAUAAACACUUGAUUUUUUUGUAUUUACUUGUA